GCGCCCUCACGCUCACCCUCACCCUCGCCUUUCUUUCAGUGGUGAAUGAAAGGGAACGAUUUUCAACCGAUUCUCGUUAAGUCUUCAGAAGUGGAUAUGUCAUGCAAUUCUCUUUAUAGUGUUUAAAAUCCGGUUUUGGCCGGGCGAGCUCGCGCGAGGCGGGUGGGUGCUUUUAACGGAAGCCAGUAUGUGCUACGUGCGGAGUCGCUCGAGCAGCAUUUCACCACCGGCACGUAGGCAGAGUGCGCUCCAGAGCCAAGAGAUCUGAAUCAAACCCACACCAUACGACAUGUCCUCCCCCCUGAGAGCGACGUUUACAGCGCCGGUGAUUAUAUCGCGCGUGUAGGCUCCGUCCUGAAGCGCGCGCUGUUCCACUGUAAUACUGUGGAACGACUCGAGUGGUCGUUUCUGACAGUGAGCGCGCAGCAGCGUCCUCACGCAGCGCACUGCUCAGCACGGGGUCGCGGUUUGAGACGCAGGCGCGGUGUUUACGAGCCGACUCGUCGUUUCCGUUUCACUUCAGUGACCCCGUAAUCCAUGGAGAAAAGUUUAGGAAUGAUGCCGGAAGCGGAAGAGAGUGGAGCUAAAGUGUUGGGAAGCCUGGCCAUGGGCGACGGGGAGUUCUCGGAUCGCCGGCUCGGGCUCGUGGACAAAAUCCCGUUGGUGAAACCCUAUUUCAAGAAGAAGCACGCGCAGAGGAAACUGGACGCCAAGUGCCUGCGGGCGCUCGAUGACCCCAUUCUGAGCACGAUACUCAGCUCGGACGACCUGGUGACCGGUGAUGGCGUUUUCGUGCCGCGGAAUCCGCCGCCGGCGUCCGCGCAGCCGAGCCUGAUGUGCGCCGCGGCCGUGGCGGAGGAGGCGCGCGCCGACGCGACGGCGGAGGAGCUCGCGGCAGGCGAGCAAAAAGCGACCGGCGCGACGAGAGACUCCAGCGAGGCGUCUUCGCGCGACGCUGCGACGGCGGCUCGGUCCUCCUCGGUCCUCGAGGCGGCGGAGAAGGCGGCUGCGGCGGCGGCGGCGGUGGCGGUGAACGGCGUUGAGUCGUCCGCCGUCGUGCUCGGCGGUCACGGAGAACUUUUCCGCGACAAGAGCGACGAGGCCUCUUUGGAUCUAGUGUUCGAGCUGCUCAUGCAGCUGCAGUAUCACACGCGCCAGGACGACGGCGUGCACAUCUGCGUGGAUUUCUUGCGCGGCGCGUGCCUGUGUGGCAGUGAGUGCGCGCGGCACCACACCGCGCUGCCCUACCACUGGCAGAUCCGGCGCGCGGACACGCGCGUGUGGCAGAGUGUAGCCGAGGACGCGCAGGAGCAGCUGGAGAGACUCUACUGCAACCCGGACAAUGAACAAGUCCGGCUUAAAUUCCUGGGUCGAGUGUUUAUGCUGGACUUCAGUGCCAUGAGAGUGUGUGAUAUGGAGUUUGACCUCGUCAGACGGUUGUCCACGCCCUCCAGUUUUGGAGCCAUGCCCCCCAGCACAAGCCCCGCCUCCAACACAAACCCCGCCCCCAGCUAUCUCACAGUGUGGAAAUAUUACUGCAGAGAUAACUUCGGCUGGAGGGAGUACUCAGAGCCUGUGGUGCGUUUGAUAGAGGAAGCGACUGAGCGGGGGCUGAAGGAGGUGCGCUUCAUCACACUCCAGAACCAGUACAUCCUGAAUAUCCGCGAGGGCUUCCAGCAGAACGCCGUCUUCGGUUUCCGCCGCCAGAUCAAAAAACGACCACACUUCAUGUCCUCCAUUAGACUCUCACCCUACCUGCAGACUCUUGGAGGUCUCUGUGCUCUUGAAGUCGUCGGGCCGCAGCCUCUCUCACCCACAUCCUCCUCAGGACCCCGGCUUUUCCCCGAGACGUGGGUUCCCAUGAACCCUGACCAGGACUUUAUGCAGGUGCCGGUGUCACGUGAGGACCGCAGCUACCGCACCGUCUACAACCUCUUCCACAAAACAGUGUCCGAGACCAAAUUCCGCAUCCUGAAGAUCCUCCGCGUCCAGAAUCCGUUUCUCUGGGAGAAAUAUAAGAGGAAGAAGGAGUACAUGUCGCGGCGCAUGUCGGAGGCGGAGCGCCUGCUGAACGAGCGUCACCUGUUCCACGGCACCUCGCAGGACGUGGUGGAGGGCAUCUGCAAGCACAACUUCGACCCCCGCGUGUGCGGAAAGCACGCCACCAUGUUCGGCCAGGGUAGCUACUUCGCACGUCGGGCGGCGUAUUCGCACAGCUUUGCACGCCGCUCGCCGCGCGGCCUGCACUACAUGUUCCUAGCCAAAGUGCUGACGGGAAAGUUCACGGUGGGAAACCCGGGCAUGCGGCGGCCGCCCCCGCUGUGUCCUCGCCAGCCCGCCGGAGACCUCUUCGACUCGUGCGUGGACAACUGUGUAGACCCGCAGAUCUUCGUCAUCUUCAAUGACGACCAGAGCUAUCCGUAUUUUAUAAUCCAGUACGAGGAGGUGGCCAACACCGUCGCCAUCUGAGCAAACGUUGUGUGCUUGGGAGGACCGUUAUUCUUGUUUUUGUUGGAAGUCAUGGACGGUACGGACCGCUUAGUCGGCAGCGUGUGCAUGUUUGAGGAACUGACUUCCAGGCUUCCAUCCUGCAGCGUCGUGUGUCCGUACACGAGUCUGACCCCACUUUCGGUCGCUCGGACUUGACGCCGUCAUCGAAGCAUUGACUUUUUUUUUUGGAAAGACUCAUGCCCCUCCCUCAUCGCUGCCAUCCAUUUUCCGUACUUAAUUUGUUGUACAUAUGCUUUUCUUGUUUAUAAUUGAACUGUGUGCCUUUUGUUCAUAAAAAAUUAUUUAUGUUAGUUAAUGUAACAAAUAAAGAGUGAAAGUGAAGGUG